UUAAAAAAGAAAAUACAUAAAUUUUUUAAGUGAGUUCAGUGAACCGGAAAAUGUAGACCAAACACGUUCGUGAGACAAAAAAUCUCAAUAGCCUAAUAAUUUAAUUAUUUAUGUAUAUAUUUAUAAAAUCAAGGAACAAGCGGGAUUUAUAGAAAGUUUAUUUACUGGACCGGAACUUUAGAUCAAUUGUCUAUUUAUUUGUUAUCAUCUUGAGGUAGCGACAUGUUUGUCAAGCCUACAUGGAUAAUAAGUGCAAUAAUUGUUCUGGAGGUUCAAGCGAGCUGGAAAGCACAAGUUCAAAGUCACAAACCGACGACUCGAGUGAAAAACUAUCAAAAAUUUCCUCUGUUCAUAAACGAAGACCGCAAAAAUAAUAUCGAGCAUCGUUCGUAUCCGUACGCGGUUCCUUAUUCUUCGCGCCCUCGCUACCGAUUGGCUGGGAAACCUUACGGAUUUUUGAGGAAGCGCAGACCGGGAAUCCCCGCGGUUUUUCUCAGGCCGCCGCAAAUAAAGAAACAUCGGAAUAGAGGUUUCAAGUCUAACAAACAGAAAGUACCUCAAAAACCCAGAGAUUCUUCUAAGGAGAAUUCCAAUGAAGAUAACUCAAGAGAAGAAGAAUAUAUCAGAGAUCAUGAUCCAGCUCAGGAGACAAUUGAAGAGGUUAAAGAUGAUACUGCUGAGUAUGAUGAUAGUGAUGAUUAUAUAGAAGAAAAGUUGAAAGGGUCUGAUGAAGAUAGAGUUGAUUUUCAUGUUCAUGGACAUCAGGGACCGGAUUCUUAUAUCUUUGGUUUUGAUACAGGAAAAGGAAAAAGUCGACAAUUUCGACUGGAAGAAAAACAUGGAAACGGUACAGUUACUGGCUACUAUGGUUAUUACGAUCCUAUGGGUAAACUCCGUAAAAUUCAUUACAAUUCAGAUGCAUCAACAGGUUACCAACAACAAUUAAUACACAAUAAAAACAACGAUACUGUUGAUUAAUUUCAAAAACUCGAUAGUUAUUUAUUUUAAAAAACAAAUAUUUAUCACAACUCACAACUCACAAAUUUUAUUAACUUAUAAUUUAAAGAAUAUUGUAAACAUGUGCUAUAUUACCGUUAAGUGAUUUGUAAAUUGUUUUAUUUAAACGAAUAACAAAAAAAAAGUAGUAAUUACAAAAAAAAGGUGAGAUGGUGAUGCGCUUAAUUUUUAUACAAAUAUUUAUAAUAUCAAAUAUGCGUAUACAUGAUUGCGAUGAAAAAAAAAUUAAAAAUUAAUAUUUUUACAUUUGUGACAUUUAAUUAUAUAGCUAUAUUUUUAUUUAACUAAUUUUUCUUUAUCUAAAAUUCAUUUACUUUAGUAUAUAUUCUAUACAGAAAUAUAUUUGAGAUUAUUUAUAGUUAACUCAGUUAAUUAGCUUUGUUAUUAAUUCUCUCUUUAAAUUCUUUAGUUCAUUUAUAAUUAGUUUUGUGUGUGUUUGUUAAUACUUAGGUAUUUUUUUUAAUUAUUAUAAUUGGCUUCAAUUUGUUUUCUUAGACGUCGCGGCUCCGUAAGAUGAACUUUUGCUUAUUUCAGACAUUCCAAUUGUUUUGUACAUUAGUAAGAAAA